AUGUACGCACAGCCGCCGACGUACUACGGGCGCGAGCGCUCGCUCUCGUCGCCGUCCGCGCCCCCCGUGGACAACCGCAGCUCCGGCUACCAAGUGACGCCCCAGGCGCCGCCCACGGACCGCCGCGGCUCCUUCCAGAGCCUCUACCCGGACAUCGGCCAGCACAACCCGCAGCCACAGCAGAAUUACGCUCAGCCCCACCAGAAUUAUGCUCCACCUCCUGCUGCUGCCCCCGUGCAGCAGCAGCCCGCCCCAUUCCAGCGCGAGCCGACGUUGCACGGCGGCUACGGCCCCGUGCAGCCCGGCAGCUUCGAGUCGUCGAGGAGUUCCAUGGCUCUGAUGCCCGACGGCCUGGCCCCGACCCCGUCCAGCAUCGUGGAGCUGCGCUUCCGCUGCAAGGGGCUCAAGAAGUCGGACUUCCUGAGCCAGUCCGACCCCUUCAUCGUGCUCUACAUGCAGGAGGCGCAGAAGCGCGGCUGGCGCGAGGUCGGCCGCACCGAGACCAUCCAGAACUCGCCCGACCCGACGUUCGCCAAGAGUGUCCAGGUGGAUUUCUUCUUCGAAGAGGUACAGAGACUGAGAGUCGAGGUCUUUGACCGGGACAGUUCGUCGGAGCGACUCGCGGACCACGACUUCCUCGGCUGUGUGGAGAUCACGAUGGGCCAGUUGAUGUCCUCCAAGGGACAGUCGGCUGUGCUCAGGCUGCUGCAGAACGACAGGGACAGGGGGCACGUGCACAAUCUGUCGGGGCACGUGGUCAUCGACGCUGAAGAAGUGUCCACCUGCGCCGACAUGAUCAACGUUCGGUUCACGGGGACCAAGCUGGACAACAAGGACGGCUGGUUCGGAGCCUCGGACCCGUUCCUGAAUAUUUAUCGCCUACGGGACGAAAACGCGGAUCCGUUAACCACUACGUCUUGGAGUCUGGUCUGGAGGAGUGAAGUGGUGAUGAACGACUGCGACCCUAAGUGGCGUCGAGCGACGCUGAGUGUGCAGACGCUGUGCAACGGAAACUUGUCGAGACUACUGAAGAUUGAGUGCAUGGACUGGGAGAAGAAUGGCAAGCACCAGUUCAUCGGCAGUUGCACCGUCAAGGCGGCGGAGUUCGUGACAGGAGAGAUCCGCAGCAUGGAGCUUAUCAAUCGCGAACGACAGGCGAAGAAGGGCAAGCGGUACAAGAACUCCGGUGUGCUAGUCCUCGAGCAGAUUGAGUUGUUCAAGAGGCAUACGUUUGCCGAGUAUCUGCGUGGUGGAUGCGAGGUGAGUCUAAUCGUCGGUAUCGACUACACGGCCUCGAACGGCAGUCCAUCGGACCCUUCGAGUCUGCACUACACUGGAGCGGGCUACCAGGGCCAGUUGAACGACUACCAAGCUGCCAUCUCUGCGACGGGCGCGAUUCUGGAACCCUAUGACUCGGACAAGCGCUUCCCCGUCUACGGCUUCGGUGGCUUGGUCAAUGGAGCUGUGAAUCACUGCUUCCCGCUAACAUUCGAUCCGUCACAGCCUGAGGUGGAGGGCAUCAACGGCAUUAUGAGCGCGUACUCCAACUCCUUCCAGUUUGUGCAGCUCCACGGGCCGACUAUGUUUGCGCCACUGGUGCAUCAGGCUGCGGCUAUUGCAAGGACGUUUUCGGCGCCGGCGGAGCAAGGUGGCGGUGGCAAUCUCAAGUAUUUCGUGCUUCUUAUCAUCACGGACGGCGCCAUCAUGGACAUGCAGCAGACGAUUGACGAGCUGGUGCAGGCCUCGACGCUCCCACUAUCGAUCGUGAUCGUUGCUGUGGGCAACGCAGACUUUACUGCUAUGAACGCGUUGGAUUCGGAUGACAAGUUGCUGGUGGACUCAAGGCGGCAACGCGCUGCGCGUGACAUUGUCCAAUUCGUCCCCUUCAACCAGUUCCGCCGGAACCCCGCUCGACUAGCUAAGGAGACUUUGGCUGAGAUCCCCACACAAUUACUGCAAUACUACAACAUGAAGGGCAUCCAGCCGCGAACGCCACUGCAGCGCCAGGGAACUAGUUACCUCGUGAGAAGCUCCAUUAGCAGCGGACUAUCCGGUGCAUUAGACGUGGAGAGCCCAAACAAGCGAGACGAACUUCAAGGCGCUGAUGUAGUGAUCGCAGUUCCCGGUCUGGAGUCGGUGUCGGAGGAUGCCCCAAGCACCUUCACCGAUGUCCCUGAAGUGUCAACGGCGCCUCGUAUCGACAAGUCCAUCUUUGACCUGCCGAUGAUGUCGGCUCGCACUAUCACGAACGUGGCUCAACAAACGAUCAUUGCCGGCGCAGAAAAUGCCAAAAACAACCACGAGACGUUGAGAUCCAACUUGGUGGCGCUGGGCCUUGUGCUCUCGUACAUAGCGGUGAGCAUUGUUGUCUUCCACUUUGUCGAAGACUGGACGGUCGUGGACUGCGUCUACUACGCGAUGGUGAUCGUCACGACCGUGGGUUAUGGCGAUGUGGUGCCCAAGACAACAGCGGGGAGAGCGUUUACCAUUUUCUUCGCCUUCUACGGCAUCUGCACCAUCGGUGUGGCUCUGGGUCAGCUGGCCUCCUGGUUCCUUCAACGCCAACGACACGUCACCAAGAUGGCUACUCAAAAACUACUCAGCAACGUAGAGAAUGCCGCGGCUACAGCCACUGGAUCUAAUACAUUGGAGGACAAGGAAGCCAGAAUUCGCAAGAGAGACAAGGCCAAAACCUACUGGAAGCGGUUCCAGGGCAGUCUACCCAGUUGGGCGCGUAGGAUCUUCUCGGACAGCAACAAGGCGCUCUUCCACGCCUUCGUACCCAUUGUUGCGUCGAUUCUAGCGGGCUUGAUCGUGGGGGCUAUCGAAGGCUGGCCAGUGCUGGAUUGCUUCUACUACACGCUGAUCACCAUCACGACGGUUGGCUUUGGAGACCUGUCCCCGACGUCGAAGAGCGCUCGCAUUUACGCCAUCUUUUACCUCCCACUGGCUGUCGUGACGGUGGCGCAUGGCAUCGGAUCGAUCCUCAACGAGCUCAGUGCGAGGUCCGUGAUGAAGACCAAGAUCAGCAUGAAAGAGCUGCUGGACAUGGACGCGGACGGCGACGGCAAGGUCUCGCAGCUCGAGUAUCUGUGCUACAUGCUCGUGAAGCUCAACAAGGCCGACCAGGACGACAUUGACGGGAUCAUCGCCCAGUUCCACAAACUUGACCGAGACGGCAGUGGGGAGCUGGAUCGCGACGACCUCGAGCGUCUAGAUCGCGAACUCCAGCGCCAGAACGAGGAGGACAACGAGUAG